UGUAUUUCAGGAUCACAUGACUCCUUCAGCUUCUACAUUGAUGAGGCAUCUCCAGUUGGACCAGAACAGCCAGAGACUGUCCAGAACUUUGUGUCUGUGUUUGGAACAGUUGCCAAAAAGCUCAUGAGAAAGUGGUUGGCCACCCAGACAAUGAACUUUACCAGCCAAAUGGAAUGUGGAAUAAGAUAUUUUGACCUUCGGAUUUCAACGAAACCUAGAGACCCUGAUAAUGAGUUAUAUUUCGCUCAUGGAUUAUUUAGUGCCAAAGUUAACGAAGGCCUUGAAGAAAUCAAUGCUUUUUUGAACACUCACCCGAAGGAAGUGGUGUUUUUGGACUUCAACCAUUUUUAUGGGAUGCAAAAAUACCAUCAUGAAAACCUGGUUCAGAUGCUGAAGGACAUAUUUGGGAACAAAACAUGCCCAGCUAUUUUUGCCCAGGAAGUAAGUCUUCAUUAUCUUUGGGAACGGAACUACCAAAUUUUGGUGUUCUACCACAGUCCAGUGGCACUUGAAGUUCCAUUUCUCUGGCCUGGGCAGAUGAUGCCAGCCCCAUGGGCUAAUACCACAGAUACAGAAAAACUAAUUCAGUUUUUACAAUCAUCAAUUACUGAACGGAGGAAGAAAGGCUCCUUUUUUAUUUCUCAGGUGGUAUUAACACCCAAAGCUAGUACUGUUGUCAAAGGGGUUGCCAGUGGACUAAGGGAAACUAUUACAGAACGGUAA